CCCACUAUUGUGAACAUCGGCAUCGACUCAAGUCAGAUUUUGUCACGUCAAACGAUAGACACUCACUAGAGGGCUGGAAAUUUAGGAGGAAAAACCUGAGGAAAAUGGCAGAUGCUGAGUUGUCGAAAGCUCUACGGGAUUUACCGAAUCGUGUAUUGAAUGUCGGCGUCGAAGAGCGGCAUGUGCUAUUUCAGAAUGUGUCGGCGGUGCUGUCAAAUCCAGGUAUUAAUUCAACUAUUCGCGGUAUCUGUAAAGUGGUCGGAACCACCUUAACAAAAUACAAAGAUCCUGGAUCGCAGUUGAUAGUUCGAGAUUUCAUAUCGGAUCUAAUGCGAGAACACCCCGAAUUGGCACUAGAACAUUUCAACGGAGUAUUCAAAACGAUAAUAUCAAAAGAUCUUCAAAAUGCUCCGGCACAGAAGGCAGCAUUCGCUGCCGUCGUUGCCUUAUUAUGGACAACGAUUAUCAUCAAAAAUCGAAAGAAAGACUCAAAAGUUACCCAACAAGAAUUGCCCAAGUUAGUAGAAUAUCAAUCGCAGCUCUAUCAAAUUGCAUUGGCCAAUGGAAGUGCUAAAGUCGUCGAAAAAGCAGAUAAGACGUUGUUUGAGUUAUGGUCAGAAGAAGAAGCGUUAGUGGAUGAAUAUUUCAAGAAAUUUCUUGAUAAAGAACCAGCCAGCAAUGUGAUUGUGUUCCUUCUGCUAAUGAUUCGCUUUAAGCAGACUCAAAGUGAUACGAGCGCACUCCUGGAAAGCAACAAAACUAAAAUCUUGGAUCAUUUCGUGAAGGGACUAAUAACAGUUAAAGUUAAACCGCAUCCCAAUUGUAUUAUCGCCUGUCAACCUCUUAUCCAUUCAAUAACAAAGCAAGAAUUCGAGUCGGGUGUAUUGCCAGCCCUCCAGCGUGCAAUGCUACGAAGCCCAGAAAUUAUCCUUCAAGGAGUUGGUAUGAUUGUGCAAGAACUCAAUUUAGACGUCAGCGAAUAUGCUGUGAACCUGGGGAAGGUGCUAAUGCAAAACCUCUAUUCGAAAGAUGACACCGCACGGAGUGAAUCGGUUGAGUCGCUCAAGAAACUUAGCUCGAAAUGUUCCCAGCCCAAGGCAAUUGAGGACAUGGUGAACAAUAUAUUCGCAAUUUUGAACGGGUCCGAUGGGAAAAUCACGGUAGCUGAAUAUAGGAUAAAUUUGUUACAGGGUGCCGGAAAUCUAAGCUAUAAUGCAGUGCCAAAAGAAAACAUAUCAGCGAUCCUGACAACCGUAACAGAUCUAUUCUCAAAGGCAUUUGAAACGGAAAUUCAAGAAAAAGUGUUGUGCCACUCACUGGAUAUGUUCAGUUUAUGGUCACACAAUUUCCAUGGUGUAUUACCGAAACGGAUUAUGGAUAUCUUCAGGAAAGGAUUGGAAAUGAAGUCAACGUCACAAUCAGUGCGAGUAUCUUAUUUACAAUGGUUGCUCGCUUGCCUGGAAAAUGGAAAACUAUCAAAUGACGCUGACCUCUCGCCCCUGCUGGUGAAAACAGUGGAAAAAGCCAGCCAGAAUACUACACAAAUUCCUCUUCUCUCGGAAGCAGUAUGCGCAGCUUGUAUAAUCUUGAAAACGGAAACUGAAGACCAAAGUAUGCAAAAAUUAAGUUCAUUUUGGAAUAUAAUCUUGGAUAUGAAUAAGCAGAUCUUCGUUUCCGAAAGAUUUCUUGCCGCCGCUCCCAGUGACACACUCUGCUACGUAAUGUUGAUGUCCGUCAAAUUAUUGACUGACCAUUUCAAUAAAUUAAAGGGUGACCCUCAACCUAUUUACAAGGCUAUUAUAAGCGGAAUCACAUCUUCUUCGAGCAAAGUUCGCCAGUACUGUUUGAAGCUCAUACCGGAAAUCAUAAACCAUUCGGAUGGAGUUUCCUAUGCGAGAACGCUUUUAGUUGAAAUGACUGCCCACAUACAACAAGCCAAGAUAAUAUAUGAAGGCGAUAGUACCACCGAGGAAGGAUACACUCCAUCUUAUGCUUUUGCCGAUGCGAUCAAAACUCUCUGUCAAUUCAAGGAAAUUACAACAGCAGACGCCCAAAUAAUUGCCUCAGGGAGCUUGCUCUGCUCGCACCAUCAAGCAGUCGCUUCAAAUGAUAACGAACUUUGGGAAACGAUUGUGCGCGACUUUCUGCAUUUGGAUCCGAAAUCUUUCAUUUCGCUGAACAUUACUCAAAUUCGAGAAACACUUUUAGACAACUACGAUCCGACUAGGAUGCACGAAAAUACUCUGGCAAGUAUGACUAAAAUAAGCCCUGACAUAAUUUUACCGAUUCUGAUCAACAAGGUGACAACUGAGCUCAAUAAUUCUGAAAUGUCCAAUGUCACGGACGACGAAUAUUUCACAUACCUCACCCCAGAUUGUGAAUUGUACGAUAAAUCAGUAAUGCCCAACGUUGAAGACAUAUAUCAAACAGCCGGGUUGAAACGUGAGAACAAAGUUUAUAGCUACAAGGAGCAGUUGGAGGAGUUACAGUUACGCCGAGAGAUCGAGGAAAAACGUCGCAAGGAAGGUAAAUCGAAACCACCAACUUUAACUCCAAAACAACAGGAGGCUAUAAAAAAUCAAAUGGCGAAAGAAGGUGCAAUUAAAAAUCGUUUGCGACUACUCCACAACAAAGUGACUUCCCUCGUGUCGAUUAUCAGAGCAGCAUGUGCAGGAAAUCAGCAGCAGGUCGCGUUGUACUUCUCUAAACUGUUGGGUUCUAUUCUAAAUGUGUUGCAAUCUCCUCUGGCUGCGUCUCAACUUUUAGAAUUAUACAUGUACUUAAGGACGACUUGCUUUGCAAACACUCUAUCAGAUUUGGGCCAUUCACUCGCCGUUUCUACAAUUCGACUCUGCAAACCUCAUUGUGAUUUAAACGAAGAUUGGCAGAAAGAAGACAUCAAUGAAAAUGUGUUUAACACUUUAAAUAAAUUCUACAACCAGACGGUGAGGAAGAACGCGGAUACCGACACGUUUGAAGAAGGUCUUCUCCCCGCCCCAGCAUUUUGUUACGCCUUUGAAUUUCUGAAGCGCGCUGUGACUGCUAAGCCUAUCACGGGGGACGAAAGUUUGUUGCUCAUUGCAGUGGAGCUCAUAGAGAAACAUGCGCAGGUAAAGGGCGACACUGUCAACGGAGAGCCCACCGAUUAUAAACAUCCAAAAUACAUGCCGCGUCUGGAAAUGCUUCGUCUCUUAAUCAAGUUGGUUUGUACCUAUCGAGGUCGAGUGCAAAGUAAUGCUGUAGCUGCAUUGCUGGAAGUUGCCAAAAGUAGUUCAGGUGGAGAAUAUUGCGCAGUAGCGAGCAAGGAGGAAAUAGAAGUUCUUCUCACUGCUCUGCAGCAUAAUUUGGAAGCGGUAAGAGACGUCGCAUUGCGAGCACUCACGAUAAUAGUAAAGACCUUACCGGGUUUUGAGGAAAACUACAAUUUUGCAAUGUUACUUACCAGACGUUUUUGGGUGGCGAAACAUGAUGUGUCGGAAGAAAAUCGAUUGCUUGCCGAGAAACUAUGGGAGGAAUCUGGUUUUGAAGUGCCGCUAAUGAUGUAUGAAGAACUGAUGGGCGAUGUGAUUCAUCCUGAACCAUGCAUCCAAAAAGCUGCUGCACUCGCCUUUGUUGAAAUACUAAAGUUGGAUUCUUCGCUAGUUAAAAUAGUUCUGGAUCAACUUCUAGAAAUUUAUCAAGAAAAGCUAACGAUGAUUCCUCCAAAGCUUGACCAGUUUGAUAGGGAAAUUGAGCCAGCAAUUGACCAGUGGGGUCCAAGACGUGGUGUAGCUAUAGCUAUAUCCCAAAUCGCGCAAUUCUUCAGUCUUGAAGACGUGGAUAGAGUGAUUCAGUUUAUGGUUUCCCAAGGUUUGGGCGAUAGAGAAGAGAUCGUGCACAAAGAAAUGCUGGCGGCUGCCCUGGCUAUUGUAGACUUACACGGAAAGGCAAGAAUCGCUAAAUUGCUUCCAGUAUUCGAAGGGUUUUUGGAUAAAGCGCCUGAUUCACGUAGCUACGAUAAUAUCCGACAAGCAGUUGUUAUUUUGAUGGGUUCGCUGGCACGGCAUUUGGACAAGGAUGAUGCGAGAAUUCAGCCUAUAGUAAAACGAUUGUUAUCGGCUUUAUCAACGCCCUCGCAACAAGUUCAGGAAGCAGUUUCAAAUUGUCUGCCGCACUUGAUGCCAUCAGUUAAAGACGAAGCACCGGCAAUGGUUAAGAAAUUAAUGCAACAACUGGUCAAGUCGGAGAAAUAUGGAGAACGUCGCGGUGCUGCUUAUGGCAUUGCAGGUAUCGUGAAGGGUCUCGGCAUUCUGUCACUAAAGCAGUUGGACAUCAUGUCGAAACUCACGCAAUAUAUUCAGGAUAAGAAAAACUACAAAGCCCGAGAGGGCGCCCUGUUUGCAUUUGAAAUGCUUUGCACGACUCUAGGCCGCCUCUUCGAACCGUACAUUGUUCACGUCUUGCCACAUUUGUUGCAGUGUUUCGGCGAUUCUUCUCAAUACGUUCGCCAGGCAGCUGACGAUACGGCAAAAGUUGUGAUGGGAAAAUUAUCAGCGCAUGGUGUAAAACUUGUCCUGCCGUCGUUAUUAAAUGCUCUGGACGAAGAUUCUUGGCGUACCAAAACAGCUUCGGUAGAGCUUUUGGGUGCUAUGGCAUAUUGCGCGCCUAAGCAGCUAUCUUCGUGUUUACCGAGCAUUGUGCCGAAACUCAUUGAAGUGUUGGGUGAUUCCCACACGAAAGUCCAAGAAGCGGGCGGAGACGCUCUAAAGGUCAUUGGAUCUGUCAUCAAAAAUCCUGAAAUUCAAGCCAUCGUGCCAGUUUUGCUGAGCGCAUUAGAGGAUCCUUCGAAAAAUACAUCAGUUUGUCUUCACAGUUUACUACAGACGAAAUUCGUGCAUUUCAUUGAUGCUCCUUCGCUUGCUUUGAUCAUGCCGGUGGUGCAGAGAGCAUUCGUGGAUCGUUCGACAGAGACACGAAAAAUGGCGGCGCAAAUCAUUGGAAAUAUGUACUCGUUGACGGAUCAGAAGGAUCUUACUCCAUACCUACCCAAUAUCAUUCCUGGAUUGAAAAUAUCACUUUUGGAUCCCGUACCAGAAGUUCGUGCAGUCUCGGCGCGUGCAUUAGGUGCAAUGGUCCGCGGAAUGGGUGAGUCGUCAUUUGAGGACCUAUUGCCAUGGCUGAUGAAGACUUUGACAUCAGAAACAAGUAGUGUAGAUCGUUCGGGAGCAGCCCAAGGCUUAUCUGAAGUGGUAGGUGGUUUAGGAGUGGAGAAGCUCCACAAGCUGAUGCCGGAGAUCAUCGCUACAGCUGAGCGAAACGAUAUUGCACCACACGUAAAAGACGGUUACAUUAUGAUGUUUAUAUAUAUGCCUGGAGCAUUCCCUAAAGAAUUUACACCUUAUAUCGGACAAAUUAUCAAUCCUAUUUUAAAAGCACUAGCGGAUGAGAAUGAAUAUGUUCGAGAAACAGCUUUAAAAGCUGGUCAGAGAAUUGUCAACCUAUACGCAGACUCUGCGGUGGCCCUAUUGCUACCUGAACUGGAGAAGGGACUGUUUGAUGACAAUUGGAGAAUCCGAUUCAGUUCUGUGCAACUUCUAGGAGACCUGCUGUACCGUAUUUCUGGUGUAUCGGGUAAAAUGACUACAGAAACUGCUAGUGAGGACGAUAACUUUGGUACCGAGCAGUCUCAUUCAGCUAUUAUAACAUUCCUGGGUGCAGAGAGGCGGAAUCGUGUUUUGGCAGGAUUAUAUAUGGGCCGCAGUGAUGUCUCGUUGAUGGUGCGACAAGCGGCUCUUCACGUCUGGAAGGUUGUUGUGACAAACACUCCUCGCACAUUACGUGAAAUCUUGCCAACCCUAUUUGGACUUCUAUUAGGUUGCCUAGCCAGUACAAGCUACGACAAACGGCAGGUGGCUGCACGAACCCUCGGUGACUUGGUAAGAAAAUUAGGAGAACGCGUGCUUCCUGAAAUCAUUCCAAUUUUAGAGCGAGGAUUGAAUUCCGAUCAAGCUGAUCAGCGGCAGGGAGUUUGUAUUGGUCUUUCGGAAAUUAUGGCAUCUACUUCGAAGGAUAUGGUGACAGCGUUUGUAAACAGCCUGGUGCCUACAGUUCGCAAGGCUCUAAGUGAUCCACUACCAGAGGUGCGUCAAGCUGCCGCGAAGACAUUCGACUCUUUGCAUUCGACUGUAGGGUCCCGCGCCUUGGAUGAUAUUCUUCCAUCUAUGCUCCAAGGAUUAUCCGAUCCAGAUCCCGAGAUCGCAGAGAACACCUUGGAUGGGUUACGGCAAGUUAUGGCUAUCAAAUCACGUGUCGUUUUGCCAUACUUAGUCCCGCAAUUGACUGCUCCUCCAGUGAACACAAAGGCCCUUUCGAUUUUAGUGUCCGUAGCUGGCGAAGCAUUGACAAAAUAUUUGCCUAAGAUCUUAGCAGCUUUGCUGCAAGCAUUAGCAAACUCCCAAGGAAAGCCUAGUGAAUCACAGGAGCUUGAAUAUUGUCAAGCAGUUAUUUUAUCAGUGAGCGACGAGACAGGUGUUCGAAUUAUAAUGGACACACUGAUGGCUGCAACAAAAUCAAGUGAUGCUGCAUCUAUGAAGGCGGCAGCAACACUUCUUUCCGUGUUCUGCACACACUCUCCAGGCGACUAUUCACAGUAUGUGCCACAACUUCUCCGUGGACUGCUCCGAUUGUUUGCGGACUCCGACAAAGAAAUACUUCAAAGGUCAUGGGACGCAUUGAAUGCCGUUAUCAAGACUCUAGAUUCAGCCCAACAAAUUGCGCAUGUUUCUGAUGUACGGCAGGCAGUUCGCUUUGCGGCUAGCGAUUUGAAAGGACAAGAACUUCCAGGUUUUUGCUUACCUAAAGGCAUAUCACCACUGCUUCCUGUUUUUCGAGAGGCAAUAUUGAAUGGUCUACCAGAAGAGAAAGAGAAUGCGGCUCAAGGUCUGGGAGAAAUCAUUUCCUUGACUAGUGCACAAUCGUUGCAACCAUCUGUAGUUCACAUUACUGGUCCUCUAAUCCGUAUUCUUGGUGAUCGAUUCAAUGCAGGAGUGAAAGCUGCUGUUUUAGAGACUUUGGCUAUUCUCCUACAUAAGGUUGGAGUCAUGUUGAAACAGUUCUUACCUCAAUUACAAACGACAUUCUUGAAAGCACUACACGAUCCGAACCGAGCAGUGCGCAUGAAGGCUGGGCAGGCAUUAGCAGAACUGGUUGUGAUACACACACGCGCCGACCCAUUAUUCAUCGAAAUGCACAACGGUAUCAAGGGAAGCGACGAUUCUUCUGUCCGUGAGACGAUGUUGCAAGCCUUGCGUGGCAUCAUCACUCCAGCUGGCGAGAAAAUGAGUGAUCCCCUUAGGAAACAGGUUUACGUAACUCUCUGCUCAAUGCUUUCACAUUCGGAGGACGUGACGCGCAGUGCAGUAGGUGGUUGCUUGGGAGCACUGUGCAAAUAUAUGCCCGCGGAUCAGCUUGAUGACUUCAUGAAAACGCAUCUCCUGAAUGAAGAUGGCGGAGACGAUGUAAUCCUUAAGCAUGGUCGUACAGUUGCCCUGUUCGUUGCUCUAAAGGAAAGCCCUAGCACAAUUUACACAAGCAACUAUGAAGCAAGGAUUAUCAAGGUAUUGAUCACUUCUAUUUCAUCCGAUAAAGUGAAUGUAGCCCGCAACGGAGUUCGUGGUGCUGGAUAUCUCCUUCAAUAUUGCCUCAACGAAGGUGUUCCUGUACCUCAACAGCUUGUCACCCCAUUUGUCCGCGCCAUGAAUCAUAAUAGUCACGAGGUGAAGCAACUUGUUGCACAAACUUGCAACUACUUGGCGAAGGUCGUACCUACAGAAAAGACUACUCCUGAGCUGAUCAAGGCAGUAAUUCCCAUGUUAGUCAAUGGUACCAAGGAAAAGAAUAGUUAUGUCCGAUCAAAUUCAGAAAUCGCAUUGAACGCUAUCCUGCGCUUGAGAUCCGGUGAGGAGACCUACCAGAAAUGCUUGCAAUUGCUAGAGUCGGGAGCUCGUGAUUCUCUGAGUGAAGUGGUUAGCAAAGUAUUGCGCAAAGUGGCAUUGCAACCAAUCGGAAAAGAAGAAGAUCUCGACGACACCAUUCUGUCUUGAUUGCCAUUCACUUCCAGUAAAAUAACUACUAUUGCAAGACAAAAUAUUGUACUGUCGGAGGAUCUUAGCUACGACAACUAUUACUACUUAUCCGAUCUGAAGUUUUUUUGUUAUUCGUUUCUUAUUAAGUAUGCCACUUUUAUUAUAAUUUCAUUUUAUACAAUAAAAUAUUCAGGACAUGUACCAGAAGAUGUUGAUUCUAAUUUAGGUCGAGAAUAUACGAGUCUUUAUUUCAGUAGGUUUCAAAAUAGCCAGUAUCAGCAUCGAGACCGUUUAACAAUAUUACAAACACAUUUUCUAAUAACUGUAUGUAUUAAAUGUAAAUUGAAUAUCUGUUACAUUUCGUAUGUAUUAUUGUAUUUUAAUUUUAAUAUAAGUCAUGCAUGUGAUACCUACUA